AUUCGAUGAGACACAAACCUUGCGAAAUUUCCAUUAGAGAGUGAUUUUUGCGAAAUUAGAACAGAAGAAAAAAAAAAAAAGAAAAAAAAAGCUUGAAGAAGAAGAAGAAGAAUUCCCAUUCUCGAGCGCAAUCAAUUUUGAAGGAAGCUGAAGAACUUCCCACAGAGCACUUCACCUCUCUCCAUCUUCUUCCAUGGAUUUUCAGGUGGUGGUGUUAGCCGGCGGCACUUCAAAGAACCUCGUCCCUCUUGUUUCCAAGGAGCUUCCCAAAGCACUACUACCGGUGGCUAAUCGUCCGGUCCUCUCGUACGUCUUGGAGCUUUUAGAACUCAGUAACCUUAAGGAUAUCAUUGUUGUUGCUGAAGGUGAAGAUGUGGCUCUUCGGAUAGGGAGUUGGAUAUCAGGGGCUUAUGAUGAUCGUCUACGUGUAGAGGUUACUUCUGUUCCUGAGGAUGUUGGAACCGCUGGUGCACUUCGGGCCAUCUCUCGCCACUUAACAGCAAAUGAUAUAUUGGUUGUGAGUGGUGAUCUUGUUUCUGAUGUUCCUCCUGGUGCAGUUGCAGCUACACAUAGACGGAAUGAUGCUGUAGUUACUGCUAUGCUCUGCUCUGUUCCAGUCAGUGGAUCUUCAGAGUCUGGAUCCGCUGGUGGAAAAGACAAGACCAAGAAAGCAGUAGUCCACAACAUUGUUGGACUUGAUCCUACCAAGCAAUUUUUACUAUACAUAGCAACCGGUGCUGAAAUUGAGAAAGACUAUAAAAUUCAGAAAAGCAUACUCCGUGCAGUUGGUCAGAUGGAUAUCCGAUCUGAUCUCAUGGAUGCAUAUAUGUAUGCGUUCAAAAGAUCUGCUUUGCAAGAGGUUCUAGAUCAAAAAGAUACUUUCCGAAGCCUAAGGCAAGAUGUGUUGCCCUAUCUUGUGCGGAGGCAGUUGAGGUCAGAAGUUUUAUCGAAUGGAACACCCCGAGCGGAAGAAAAUGGGAUUGAGAAAGUUGGUUCCCAUAAGAUCCAAGUAUUGCUGUCACAGAUACUUUCUAAUUCGUCUACUACAAGUUUUCAUGAUCUUUAUGCAAGUGGUGCUAAUGGAUCUAUUCCUGUUCGAAAAACACAUAAAUGUUGUGUUUAUAUUCCCACUAGUAGCAACUAUUGUGCUCGCUUAUUUUCCAUUCAGUCAUACAGCGACAUAAAUCGGGAUGUUAUUGGAGAGGCAAGUCAUCUUUCAGGUUACUCUUUUUCUGCUCAAAAUAACAUCAUUCAACCUUCUGCACAACUCGGAUCAAAAACCACCGUGGGACCCCAUUGUAUGUUGGGAGAAGGUUCACAGAUGGGUGACAAAUGUAGCGUGAAACGGUCAGUAAUUGGCCGCCAUUGCCGGAUAGGUUCCAAUGUAAAGAUUGCUAAUUCAGUCGUCAUGGACCAUGUCACCAUUGGUGAUGGUUGUUCAAUUCAAGGUUCGGUUAUCUGCAGCAACGUACAACUUCAGGAGCGUGCUGUUUUAAGAGAUUGUCAAGUAGGAGCAGGUUUUGUGGUGACUGCUGCUUGUGAGUAUAAAGGAGAAGCCUUGGCUAGAAAAGAAAAAUGAAGUUAGGAAGAGAUAACAUUUGCCUAGAAAAUGACAUUGUUUUGAAGAAAAAUAAGAGUGUGAAUUAAUAUAAAUGAGGUAGAUGAAAAUUUUGUUGGAAGGUAGAGAGAGUUAUCAUCCCCUUGAGGGAGCAGUGAUUGAAAUCAUUUAAUCACAAUCUUUCUUUUUCCUGUUGGCUUUUUUGGCAUCAUUUCCUUGUAUUCUUCUUGAUUUAUUCUAUUUGUAGUUCAUAUUUUAUUCACAUUAGACCGCAUUUACUUAGAAAGAGGUUUGUAGUUCUCA